UAACGGUAUAGCAUUUUGAUUUGCAGACAUGUCUUGGAGGAAGAAGUGCGGGGACAAUCUGCCCACUAUUGCUUCUCCUGUUCCCAGUGGGGAGCAUGGUACUGGGGGUUCUGCUUCUGGGACAGGCCCCUCAGAACAGCCAAUUGGGGCCGAGCCGGUCGCCCUCCCUCCUGUGGUAGAAGUCCCAGAGGGAAAUGUGGAAGUCUCACGCCCCUUUGAUGCCGAGGGGGUUGAUGCGGGUAGCCUUAUUCAUAGGCGUGGCCGCUCCCACGCUGGUGAUACAUCUGGUGCCGAUGAAGGAGAUGUCCAGAUUGUGGACAUUACCGAUGAAGUUCCCUCGCCUGAUUCGGUCCCUGGUGUCACCCUCUCCGAAUUAUCAAAGAAAAGGAAGAGAGGUUCCCUGAUCUCCGUCGGUGAAAAAGAGAGGCAGGCGGACCUGAAGAAGGCCAGCAAGUCUCCAGAGCCAGCGAAGAAAUCUGCUGGUGGUUCGAAAGUUCUCUCGUCUGCCAUGGAGAAGGGCAAGGGGCCAGCGAAGAAGUCUGCUGGUAGCUCUAAAGUUCCCGCUUCUGCCGGGGGAAAAGGCAAGGGGAAAUCUGUGGUGUCCCCUGCUGAUGAACCAGCAGAUGUUGUUCCUGGGCCGAUCUCGAGUUUGUCGGGUCAAGGGCUAAUUGAUGCCUUGAUAGCUCGUGUCCACUCAAAGGACCAGGAGAAAGUGGAGCAAUUGCCCCGGGGAGCUUUAGCCACUCAGUUAUGCCAGUUGGCUCUUCAGGUGGAGGCUCGGAUGUGGGGAGCUGUUAAGUGCAUCCACGACUACGACAUGGCAGAGAAAGAAAGGGAGAAGGAGCAGGCGGACAUCGCCAAGCGUGAUGAUGAUGUCGCUGGGGUGGUGGAGCGUCUGAGUAAGGCUGAAGCAGAAAUUGCUGAGUUGAAGGCUCAGCUGGCUCAAGCAGAGGUGGAAAAGUCUUCCCUGGUUUCUGAGCUGAUCAGGGCGACCAAGGAAGGCCAUGAGAACUUGGCCCGGUUCAAGGCAGGAUAUGAAGAAGCCUACAAGGAGACCCGGCGGGGUUGGAAGAAAACGCUUGUGGAGGCGCAGCAUCGUGCCUAUGUCUUGGGGGCGCGAGAUCAACGCCUGGAGUAUUUCUUGUCUCCGCAGGGUCAACACUUUCUGGGGUUGAUGCUGGAAGGCACUUUGUCAGCCUUCAAGCGGACUCAAGAGUACUUGGAGGAUUUCGGACCCCUCUUUGCCUAUGUCAGAGGAGGUUAUGUAUUGGCAGUGGAGAGACUCGCGACGGCUGCAAUUUGGGGAUCUAGGAGGCUGAGGGCCGCAAUUUGGGGAUCUGCAGCCAUGGCGCUCCUGGCGGUGCAGGAGGAUAAAAGCGGUGGCGUUGUUGGAGAUGAUGGGUUUGAGGGAGGUGGACAGAGAGGCGACAGGCGGAGGAAGACGGAGUAG